AUGGAGGACUGUAACCCAGUUUCAACUCCAAUAGAACCGGACACUAAACUCUCAAAGUUUGAUGGAGGAGAACGAGUUGAUGCUAGGAGAUAUCAAAGCUUAGUCGGAAGUCUAAGGUAUCUUACAAGCACGAGACCAGACCUAAUGUUGAGUGUUGGGAUAACAAGCAGAUUCAUGGAGGAUCCAAGCUAUACACAUUAUAACUACCGAUUAGUGGGUUACUCUGAUAGUGAUUGGUGUGGUGAUGUUAAUGACCGGAAAAGUACUUCGGGUUAUGUAUUCUUACUCGGAAAUACGGCUUUUACUUGGUUGUCAAAGAAGCAGCCUAUUAUAACUCUGUCGACCUGCGAGGCAGAGUAUGCGGUGACCUCUUGGAGUGUGUGUCAUGCAGUAUGA